GCAAACGCAACAUGCACGUACUACGUGUGCUUGCAUUGCAUGCAUGCUAACUCGAUCCUUCCCGCCCAAUCGCCCAUGCAAACCCCGAAUCUAUAAAUACCUCGCCAUGGCUGCACCUUCGUCUCCAUCGAUCGAUCGAUCCACCAUAAUCCAAUAGCUUAAUUCAAAGCCUGAAAACCAUACAGCUCGAUCUGUAGUGAUCAAGUUCUGGCUAAUUAACUAGCUAGCUCGUGAUCGAUAAUAUACAGUAGCAGAGCGUAAGUGAUCGAGAGCGAUUAAUUCGAGCUUUUGCGUGGAAUUAAUUCAUGGCGUCCGGUGCGAGAAAGCUCGUGAGGUCGUCGUUCAUGGCGUCCGUACGCGCCCUGCUCGCGCUGACCUUUCUCCUGUCCGGCGGCGCAGCCACGGCGGCGGCCGCCAUGGUCAGAAAUGGCGGCUCGCCGAGCAUCUAUGGCGGUGGUGGUGGAGAGGGAGCUGCAGUGAUCGGUAGAGGCGGCAGGUCGCUGCUGCAGGCGGCGGCGGCGGCGGCGGCGACGACGCAGAGCGCGGUUUUCAGCCUCGACAGCUACGGCGCGCACGGCGACGGCGAGCGCGACGACACGGCGGCGCUGGCGAGGGCGUGGAGCGCCGCCUGCGCCUCGGCGGCGCCGGCCGUCGUGCUCGUCCCGGAGAGCAGGAGCUACCUGCUCCGGCAAGUCACCCUCUCCGGCCCCUGCGAAUCCACCAUCAAGCUCAUGGUGAAGGGGACGCUGGUGGCGUCGCCGGACAUGUCGAACUGGAACGAGAGCAACAGGAGGUACUGGAUCGUCGUCCGCGGCGUCGACGGGCUCGCCGUCGGCGGCGGCGGCACCAUCGACGGCAACGGCGAGGGGUGGUGGGAGAACUCCUGCAAGAUCAACAGGGCACUCCCAUGCAAGGGAGCUCCAACGGCGCUGAGUUUCCACACGUGCGACAACCUGAGCGUGAAUGGUCUGAAGAUGGUGAACAGCCAGCAGAUCCACAUGUCAGUGGAGGAUUGCACCGGGGUGGAGCUGGCCCACCUGUCAAUCUCUGCGCCCGGCACGAGCCCCAACACAGAUGGCAUCCACAUCACCCACAGCAAGAACGUCCAAGUCAGCGACUGCACCAUUAAGACAGGGGAUGACUGUGUGUCGAUCGAGGAUGGGACCCACGGUUUACACGUCACGAGACUGGUGUGUGGGCCCGGGCAUGGGAUUAGCAUUGGGAGCUUAGGAGAUGACAACUCCAGAGCUGAGGUGUCUGACAUCUUCAUCGACACCGUGCACCUCUAUGGCACCACCAAUGGAGCUCGGAUCAAGACAUGGCAGGGAGGGAGUGGAUACGCCAAGGAUAUCGUAUUCCAGAACAUGGUCAUGAACAGUGUCAAGAACCCAAUAAUCAUUGACCAAAACUACUGCGACUCAGCUAAGAAAUGCGAGACACAGGAGGGAUCAGCAGUGGAGAUUAGCAAUGUGGUCUUCAAGAACAUCGCAGGGACAACAAUUUCCAAGAGUGCCAUCACUCUGAACUGCAGCAAGAACUACCCAUGCUAUGACAUUUCCUUACAGGACAUCAACCUGGAAAUGGUGGAUGACAAUGGUGCCACAGGAAGUACUUGCCAGAAUGCAAAAUGGAGGAAAUCUGGAACAGUUGUUCCACAACCAUGCACCAGCACAAAUUAGGAGGAACUGGGCCUGAUAAAGUUCAUUACUGUAUAAAGUGUGUAUAAAAAAAUUCAGAAGGAAUCAGUCAUAUUUAUGCAUACAUUGUGCAUACACUCAUUGGGGUUUCUACCAGGAACCUGCAAUGCAGUGUGCCUACAAGGCUACAGAGUGUAUUUGUUAAAUUGAUUCAAGUUAUAUACAUGUAAAUUCUUUCA